UAUAUAAAUAUUAUUGAUUUUUAAAACUAAUUAUGGCUUCAAAUCGUCAACGGCGUGUUAACGCAGGUAACCGAUAUGCUAGGAUAUUAAAUGAAGAAGAGGAAGACGAUGAGUUUUACAAGACACAGUACGGAGGAUUUAGUGAAGAAAAAGCCGACGAUGAUUAUUUAGCAAAUGAAGAUGACCAGGAUAUUGUAGAUUCUGAUUUUUCAAUUGACGAGAAUGACGAGCCCGUGAGUGAUAAAGAAACGGAGGAACCAAGAAAGAAAAGGAAGAAGGUAGUCGUUACAAGAAGCUACAAGGAACCGUCUAAACAGAUCAAGAAACCACAACAAACAAAACACAAACUCAUUUCACAGACAUCGAAAAAAAAGUCAAUUUUGUCUGCAGAGUUCAAAAAAUCACUUAGAAAGUCAACAAAUGCAAAGUCUGCGGCAACUCAACACAGAAUUUUAGUAAGAAAUGAAGCGGAAAAGUUGAAGCCAAAAUCUAUUAAGAUUGAUGAGAAGAUACCAACGCAAGAGGAACUUUUGAAGGAAGCAGCACUCACGGAAACAGAAAAUAUAAAGUCACUAGAGAAAUUUCGCAGAAUGGAAUUGGAAAAGAAGAAAGUUCGACCGACAAAAGCAAGCUCUUUUACAGGAGCUAUUAUAAGAUAUCAUUCAGUUUCAAUGCCUGUCGUUGUCAAUGAUUUGUCACAAUUAUGGGAACAGCAGCAGCAUGAUGAGACAGAGGAAAUAAAGAGAACAACAAGAAGAAGUCGGCUAGCUGCUAACGAUUCGACUAAAACAAUUAACAAAAAUCGUUGCGAACGGACUUUCAUCACGUUUGAAAAUGAUAUUAAUAAUAAAAUUUUUGAAGAAAUAUUUCCACCGUCAGAACAGAAAAAGCAUAGAAAAGGCACUCAGAUUUGUCCAAUCACUAAUCUCCCAGCAAAAUAUUUUGAUCCAAUCACUCAACUUCCCUUCAAUAAUAUCAUGGCAUUUAAAAUACUUCGAGAAUCCUAUUAUCAAAUGCUCGAAGCUAAAGCAGACCAAACAGAUUCUGACGUUUUGGCAUGGCUUCAGUGGCGAAAAAAAUCUAAAAUGCAAAUUAAAUCCAUUAAAUCGGAAAAAUAAAUGUAACCUCCUUUCAGUAUUUAUUUGUUUUCAUCUAUUCAUUUAAUUAAGGUUUUCAUUUU